AUGCAAUUUUCUUUAUCAGUAUUGACUACUGUCGCCACUACACUUUUGGCGUUCACUACUACUCCUGUUGAUGCCAAGACCCAUUCAAUCAAGUUGAACAAAUUGUCAAAUGAAGAAACAUUGGAUGCUACUAAAUUUCAAGAAUAUACUAAUGCAUUGGCCAACAAGUAUGUAAACCUAUUUAAUAAAGCCAGUGGUAACCCACAAGCAUUUGGUGUUCAACAAAUCUUGUCUUCAGGCGGUGGUAACAAACAACACCCAGCUGAUAUUCCUUUUGUUACUCCUGAAGGUAAAGGUGGUAAAUAUGAAGCACCAUUGACCAAUUAUUUGAAUGCACAGUAUUUCACUGAAAUUCAAAUUGGUACUCCAGGUCAAACUUUUAAAGUUAUCUUGGAUACUGGCUCAUCUAAUUUAUGGGUUCCAUCUCAAGAUUGUACUUCAUUGGCUUGUUUUUUGCAUUCAAAGUAUGAUCAUGAUGCUUCUUCUACUUAUAAAGCUAAUGGAUCAGAAUUUUCUAUUCAAUAUGGUUCAGGUUCAAUGGAGGGGUAUAUUUCUCAAGAUACUGUUAGUAUUGGGGAUUUGGUUAUCCCCAAACAAGAUUUUGCUGAAGCCACUUCAGAACCAGGUUUAGCAUUUGCAUUUGGUAAAUUUGAUGGUAUAUUGGGUUUAGCUUAUGAUACAAUUUCUGUAAACAGAAUUGUACCACCAAUUUAUAAUGCUAUUAAUCAAGAGUUACUUGAUUCUCCACAAUUUGGUUUUUAUUUGGGUGACACAAACAAGGAUGAAGAAGAUGGUGGUGUUGCUACUUUUGGUGGUUAUGAUGAAUCACUUUUCCAAGGAAAAAUUACUUGGUUACCAGUUAGAAGAAAAGCUUACUGGGAAGUUUCAUUUGAAGGUAUUGGGUUAGGAGAUGAAUAUGCUGAAUUGACAAAGACUGGUGCUGCAAUUGAUACUGGUACUUCAUUGAUUACUUUACCUUCGUCUUUGGCAGAAAUUAUCAAUGCCAAGAUUGGUGCCACCAAAUCAUGGUCAGGUCAAUAUCAAGUUGAUUGUGCCAAGAGAGAUGAAUUACCUGAUUUAACUUUGACUUUCUCAGGUUACAAUUUCACUUUAACCGCUUAUGAUUAUGUUUUGGAAGUUGGUGGUUCAUGUAUUUCUGUUUUCACACCAAUGGAUUUCCCUAAACCAAUUGGUGAUUUGGCUAUUAUUGGUGAUGCAUUCUUGAGAAGAUAUUAUUCAAUUUAUGAUUUGAAAAAGAAUGCUGUUGGAUUAGCCCCAUCAAAAGUUUAA